AUGAGCAUUCUGUUCGUUGUUCUCAUGGCGAUCUCGAUUGUCGCCCUGAUCAACACGAUCCUACUACCGCAGCCGAGCAUCGAGAAGCGCGCCGAUGGACGGCAACAAUUUCUGACGGCGUUGAAAAGCACGUUCGAAAUGCUUAAAAACUCGCAAGUGUUGCUUCUCGUCGCGUUUUUCCUCUACACCGGCUUUGUGCGCACAUUCUGGGUUUCCAUUUUUCCGACGUGCAUCAAAUUCUCGACGCGAAUCGGCAACAACACCAAAAUGCUCUCCUACAGUAUGAUCGUGACGGGAGUCGGACAAGUCGCCGGCUCGCUUCUCGUCACGGCCGUCGGAAAACGCGUGCGCGAGUUCGGCCGCGAUCUCUUCGUCUCGUCGGCGAUUCUCGUCCACAUCGCCACGUUCGUUUUGAUCUACGCGGCGUUUCCCAACGAGGCGCCGAUGCGACGCACACAUCUCGCCGGUGCGCUGAUGAGUCCCGACGCGCUCGUCGCGCUGCUCAGCUCGUUCGCGUUGGGACUCGCCGACGCGGUGCUCCAGACGCAGGUCUACGCCUACAUUGCCGAUCUAUUUCGCGACGACAGCAGCAAAUUGUUUGCGAUAUUCAAAUUUUUCAGUGGUCUCGCCACCACGUUCAUCUUUUUCGUCGCCUCCAACUUCUCGCUUCUCCACCAUUUGCUGAUACUCGUGCUGUUCGCGCUCAUCUCGAUGAUUUGUUUGAUAUGCGGACAACGUUGCGGGCCGUCGAGAACCGACAAAAUUCAGCCGGUGUUGACGAGCUUCCGAACGAAUUGUAUACAGUGUGGGAAUUGA